CAGUAUCGAUAUGUCAAACGCGGCUUGAAGGAGCGCCACGUCCAAUUCAUUGCGAUAGGCAAUACCUUGAGAGCACCCCAAUUUCUAGGACAUUUGCUGACGUUCGAGGCAGGUGGGACGAUUGGAACUGGGCUAUUUCUCGGUAUCGGUAGACACCUGGCUCAGUCUGGUCCGUUAAGCACAUUUUUAGGUUACAUCAUCACAGGAUGUGCGAUAUGGGGCAUGAUGCAAUGCCUCGGUGAGAUGGUUACCUGGCUACCAUUGCCCGGUGCUAUUCCUCAACUUGGCGCCCGCUAUGUGGAUCAAGCUGUUGGCUUUGCUGUAGGUUGGAAUAACUGGUACAAUAUGGGUAUCACUACUGCAGCAGAAUUCUCUGCGGCAGCAACUCUGAUAUCAUACUGGAACGACACGAUCAGCCCGGCUGUUUGGAUCUCCAUCUUCAUUGUGGUCAUUUUGGCCCUUAACGUGUUCGCUGUGAGCAUAUACGGCGAGGCUGAGUUCAUCUUUGCAUCGAUCAAGAUUGUGACCAUGGUUGGUCUGCUCAUUCUAGCCCUCAUUAUUGAUCUCGGCGGAGGUCCCAGCGGUGAUCGUCUCGGCUUCAGAUACUGGAAAUCACCGUAUUCAGCAAUGGCAGAAUACAUUGGCACUGGAGAUACGGGACGAUUUGCUGGCCUCUUUGCUGGGUUCAUCGGCGCUGCAUUCUCCUACGGCGGUUCAGAAUACGUGGCUGUGGCAGCAGGUGAAUCUAAGAAUCCCCGCAAGAGCAUUCCUCAAGCAGUUCGGAGGGUGUUUUGGCGGAUCCUGUUCUUCUACGCUCUUGGCUCACUUGCUGUCGGCGUGCUCGUACCGCACACCGAUCCCAACCUAACGGAGAAGUCUGGCGCAGAGGCUUCUCCAUGGGUGAUAGGCAUUCAGCGUGCUGGCAUCUCUGCACUGCCAUCUAUCAUCAACGCGGUCAUUAUCACAUCGGCAACGUCGGCUGGCAAUGCUUGCGUUUACAUUGGCUCGCGGUACUUGUAUGCUUUAGCACAGCUUGGCCAAGCACCACGAAUACUGCUGUGGUGCACAAAGAGUGGAGUACCGCUGUGGUGCGUGCUCUCGACAGCCUCGUUUUCCUUGUUGGCGUAUAUGUCGGUGUCGUCUGGAUCUGCAAACGUGUUCGGCUGGCUCACGAAUAUCUCCGCUUUGGCAAGUCUUCUCACCUGGUCUACCGUGGUCACUGCCUAUAUUCGAUUCUAUCGCGCGACGCAGGUUCAAGGCAUCGAUCGUAGCGAGAUGGCUUUUCGUGCAGUAGGAACGGUAUACACGGCAUAUGCCUCCCUGGCCUUCUUCGUCAUAGUUAUCCUCGGCAAUGGCUUCUCCGUCUUCACGAAAGGAAAUUGGAAUACCAAGGACUUCAUCAUCGCCUAUAUUGGCAUUCCGAUCUAUGCGGUACUGAUUAUUGGCUGGAAGGUCAUAAAGCGAACAAGAUUCAUACGAAGUUAUGAGGUUGAUCUCAUGAGUGGCAAGGCUGAAAUUGACAGGCAAGAACACCUAUGGGUUGACGAUGCACCGCGCAAUGCUUGGGAGAAGGUGUGG